UUCCCGCGGAGGUUCGCUGCGGCUCUCGCGAGAACUCCUCCCGCCCCCCCAUCCCGUCCCGCCCCCCGCGCGGCGGGUGAGCGAGCGAGUGAAGAAUGCGAGACCUAACGGCUCAGGUAACGAGCAGUCUGCUGCAGUUUCCAGAGGUGACUGUUGAGGCACUUGGGGAAGAUGAGAUCACCCUAGACUCUGUGCUGUGUGGGAAGUUUUCUGGAGGCAGAAGUGGCCUGGCGUGGCUGGCGUGUGGUCCCCAGCUGGAGGUGGUGAACUCAGUGACAGGAGAGCGUCUCUCUGCGUAUCGCUUCAGCGGAGUGAACGAGCAGCCUCCCACUGUUCGCGUGGUGAAGGAGUUUUCUUGGCAGAAGAGGACUGGGCUCCUGGUUGGCUUGGAGGAAGCAGAGGGAAGUGUUCUCUGUCUGUACGACCUUGGGACCUCAAGAGUGGUUAAAGCAAUUGCUCUUUCAGGGAGGGUGACGGCCAUCGAACCCAUCAGCAACGACGGCGGAGCCAGCGUGAGCACCCGGCACCUGCAUCAGAGUCUGCGAUGGCUCUUUGGAGUGGCAGCAGUGGCCACAGACGUUGGCCAUGUCCUUCUGGUUGACCUUUGUUUGGAUGAUUUGUCUUGCAGUCAGAAUGAAGUAGAAGCGUCGGAUCUCGAAGUUGUCACUAGAAUUCCUGCUGAAGUUCCACAAAGAAGAGAAGCUGUGACCAGAGAAGGGAGGCAUCUCUGUUUUCAAUUACAAAGUCCUUCAGGAACAGCAGUAUCAACCCUGUGCUACAUAAGCAGAAGCAACCAGCUUGUUGUGGGUUUUUCUGAUGGCUACUUGUCACUAUGGAACAUGAAAACUUUGAAGAGGGAGCACCACUCCCAGCUUGAAGGAGGAAGGAUUCCUGUCUAUGCAGUUACUUUUCAAGAGCCUGAGAAUGAUCCCCGUAACUGUUGCUAUUUGUGGGCUGUUCAGUCUACACAACAAAGUGAAGGUGAUGUUGUGAGUUUACAUCUGUUGCAGUUAGCAUUUGGUGACAGGAAACGCCUGGCAUCAGGACAAGUCAUGUACGAGGGUUUGGAAUACUGUGAUGAAAGGUACAAUUUAGAUCUCACUGGUGGAAUCUUUCCCUUAAGAGGGCAGACCAGCAAUACUAAAUUACUCAGCUGUCAAACCAUAGAAAAAUUUCGCAACCAUGCUGACAGAGAGGAUAGCAUUAAUGAAGUAGUCUCUCCUGACACCAGUGUAUCGAUCUUCAGUUGGCAAGUGAAUACCUAUGGUCAGGGAAAACCAUCUACUUAUUUGGGUGUGUUUGACAUCAAUCGCUGGUAUCAUGCUCAAAUGCCAGACUCACUGAGGCCAGAAGAAUUCCUUCAUGAUUGCCCCUAUUUUGCACUGUGGUCACUGGAUCCUGUAAUAAGCAUGACUUCUCCAAACCUCAUUUUGGAUAUUCUGGUACACGAGCGUAGUCUAAGUCGGGGGGUUCCUCCUUCUUAUCCACCACCUGAACAGUUUUUUAAUCCAAGCACCUAUAAUUUUGAUGUGACGUGCUUGCUCAACUCGGGAAUUGUUCACAUGACUUGCACCGGCUUCCAGAAGGAGACCCUGAAGUUUUUGAAGAAAUCUGGUCCUUUAAUAAGUGAAGCCAUUCAUGACAGCUACACUCGAUGUCUUGUAGCUGGCUUGCUGUCUCCAAGACUGGUUGAUGUCCAGCCAUCCAGUCUGAGUCAGGAGGAGCAGUUAGAAGCAGUGUUGUCAGCUGCUGUGCAAACAGGUUCUUUAGAGCUUCUGACGGGAUGCAUUAAACACUGGACUUCCGAAGAGCAGCCAAGUUCUGCUGGAAAUUUACGGUUUGUUCUUGAGUGGACGUGGAACAAAGUGAUCUGUACAAAAGAUGAACUGGACCAAAUAUGUGUUCCGCUGUUUGAUGGCUCCUGCAACUUCAUUGACCCGCAGACAUUACAGUCCCUUCAGCACUGCCAGCUGCUUCUGAGCAACCUCAGCACAGUCCUGAACUGUUUUCUAACAGAAGCCCGAGAGCUUACUGAGAAAGGUUUUUCAGACUUAACAAAUAAGCAGGUGGUAACCAGCCUCAUUUCUUUGUAUGCACAAGUGGUGAUCUGGUUCUGUCGAUCCAGUCUCCUUCCUGAGGGUUUAGAUGAUCACAUGCAUUUGUCUAGACCUUUCUACAAUUACCCUCUGAUUCAGAGCUACUAUACGGGUCACCGACAGAAACUCGAGCAUUUAUCAAGAGGAAAAUGGGAUUCUGACUGCUUGAUGAUUGAUGGAAUGGUUUCCCAGUUGGGAGAGCAAGUGGAGAAGUUGUGGCAGAGAGAUGAAGGCGGCACUGGGAAAUACCCACCUGUUAGUUUACAUGCACUGCUGGAUCUCUAUUUGCUAGAAAGCAUUGAAGAAAGUGACAAACAUGCAAUUACAAUUUACUUGCUGCUGGAUAUCAUGCAUUCCUUUCCAAAUAAAACAGAAACUUCAAUUGACUCCUUUCCAACUGCCUUUGCUAUCCCUUGGGGUCUUGUUAAGCUGAUUCAAGGGUUUUGGCUCCUAGAUCACAAUGAUUAUGAAAAUUCCCUGGCCCUGCUCUUCCAUCCGGCUACAAUCAAGACAGUGUCAUGGCAACACAUGAGGAUAAUUCAGUCCCUCAUGUGCCAGGGAGAGCACAGGCGAGCCCUCAGGUACAUCCAGAUGAUGAAGCCGUCGAUGUCCAGCAGCAGUGAAGUGCGGCUGUUCCUCACCGUGUUGUUGUCCAACAGGUGCAUGGUGGAGGCUUGGAGUCUGCUGCAGCAGCACACCACGAAGUUAAACAUAGAAGAGCUGCUAAAGCACAUGUAUGAAAUCUGUCAGGAGAUGGGGCUCAUGGAAGAUUUGCUGAAGCUGCCCUUCACAGACACAGAAAAAGAGUGUUUGGAGAAGUUUUUACAGGCCAAAUCUGGUGUUCAGAACCGUGAAUUCCUCUUAGUCCACCAUCUGCAGCGUGCCAACUACAUCCCAGCACUCCAGCUGAAUCAGUCCAUGAAGGCCAGUCUGACGAAUGAUCGUGAUCCUCGCUUGAGAGAGAGAGCAGUUGCCAGAAAUUCUCUGUUAGACCAAUAUGGCAAGAUCCUUCCCACAGUUCAAAGGAAGCUGGCAGUAGAGCGAGCCAAGCCGUACCGUUUGCCUUCGUCGGUCUUAAGAGAAGUCCCAAGGCCAAAGCCUUUAUCCACAGCAACAAGGCAAGCUAAUGCAGGAAAUGUACAUACAAGAGCAACUUUCAUCAGUAAAGUGUUGUCCAAAAUUGGCGAAGUAUGGUUAGGAAAUGAGCAGAAAACAAAUAUCUCACUAUGUGAUAGUCCUAGAACUACAGAGCCAGCAGUCAGUACUCAUCCUCUCCCUGCUGCUGAGUUGCCUGAUGCAUUUCUUGGGACACCUAUUACAAAACUUUCUCAAAAGUGUUCAAGGUUGCUGGAUUUGGUGGUUCGUCCUGUUCCUUCCCGCGCUGAGGCACAGGAGGGGAACUGGCAGUCCCCGUGCAGGGCUUCUACUUCUUCUGUGGCAUCCAGCCCCCUGAGAUCAAAUACACAUCGCUCCAGCUCCCAAAAGAAUCUGCGAAGGGCAUCAGAGUUGAAUUUACUGGAAACUCCUCUUGUGGUCAAGGUUUGUAUUUUAAAAAGUCAGUAGCAGCCAACCAAACCAAAAGCUUGUGAGCUUUGUUUAAGAUUAAAUCCCUGGAUUCAAAUUGUGAGAUAUUUUUAGCAUGCACGUAGUUAUGCUAUGCACAGUCCUUUUCCAAGCAGUGAAAUGGGAACCAAAGGAAAGUUUAAUUUUCAAAUAAUUGCAGCGGUGACCUUGUCCCACAGCUUUGAGAAAUACACUUUUUAUUACAUGGAACAAAGCAAGUUGAACCUGAACUUUUCAAUCUAUACUUAGCAGCUUAAAGAUGCAAUUUGUGGCUUAACCAUGACAGUAUUUAAGUGCUGAGUAGCUUUGCAUAGUUUGAUUUCCGCUUCUACAACCAAGAACUGCAUGCUUCAGACUCUUAAUCCAGUCACAUGAAUGACAACUAAGCAAUGUCAGUGAUGUCAGUCUCUGUCAUAUUCAGUGAUGACUCUCAGCAGUAGUUUUGCUUAUCAGUUGUUUGUGUUAAACUGUAUUUCCAGUCACUGGCAUCAAACUGUUACCAUGCAAGGCAGUAACACCUGACAUGGGCCCUUGGUUCUGCUCUUUUUGCUUUUGCCUACCUGAAUGAAAUCAUUGCCAUCUCCCUCAGUUAUAACCUUUUUCUUGUUAUGAAAUACCAUCUAUACUAUUGAACUAGCUUUAUCCCUCUAACUCUUUCAAUAUUGUAAAACAUUUCUGACCCAGGAAGACCUGAACAGUGCUACAUGAAGAGAUGUAUUUUUACAGCACUUUACAGUCCUUCUAUCUUGUGUGCAGAUUGAUUAAUUAGUGCAGAAAUAAGAUGUGGCUGUUGCUCUGUUGCCUGGCAUCUGGAAUACAGUAAUUGAAAAUGCUGCCAUGUGGAGUAAUGGUUGUGUGCCUUUUAAAAGAGCAGUGUAGAAACUGCAAAAAUUACUGGGAUAGAAGCGAACAUUGUAGACAACAAGAUAGUAUAUUCUUGCUUCUUCAGGAAAUUUGAAAAAUUAACUUUCUGUUGUCAUGACUGAAGUGUUUUGUUUAUUGGGGACCCAAUUGUAUUUUACCCUGUUGGAGGGCAAAUGGUCAGUUCUGAACAGAUAUAUCAGAAACAGAGCAUGUGAAUUGCACACAGGGACUGCACUGAUCCCUGCGCCUCAAACACAAACUCUCAGCUGUAAGCUAGUACAGAGUAGGUAUGUAUGUUUCACAUUCAGGGGUGAGCAGAAAGGAAAAUCAACAUUUCAGUGUUUUCAUCUAGCUCAGAGUGAAAUUAGUCUGUACUGAAUAAAUCAUUGACAGACAUCUUUUAACUUUAGGUUAUUGAAGACAGUGCAGUGACAGCAUAAACUUGAGAAGCAGCACCUAAAACACCACCAUAUAGUGAACUACAUCCAUAAAGCAAUCUUAAUACAGCUAUGAUACUAUAAA